AUGGCGAUGGCGAUGGCGAUGGCGACGGCGACGGCGACGCGCGCGAGGGCGCUGGAGACGGACGCGGUGAUGAGGGCGAUCGACGAACGGGCGUUCGCGACGGAGGAGGGCGCGAGGCUGGCGUUCACGCACGACGUGGACGCCGAGCGGCGAGCGAUCGACGCGAGCGGCGCGGGCGUGGACAGCGAUGGGAAAGGGAACCCGGGAAUGAUUUACGCGCGCGUGUUCGACGGGAACGGCGCGUCGGGGUUUCGGUUGGGCGGGGAGGACGCGCUGUGCGUCGCGCUGAGAGCGCCGCCCGAGGCGAGGUAUUUCUCCUUCGCGCCGUACGUGUACAGGCGGGGCGCGCGCGUGGUGUCGGCGCAGGCGGGACAUUCGAUCAAUAACGCGAACGCGAAGCGCGACGGUGAUGUGUUGAUCUUCGUGGCGACGCACUCGCGCGAGACGUUCGAGGCGAUGAGGACGGCGUUCGGCGACGCGGGAUACGACGAGGGCGCGGUGAAUUUAGUGCCGCUCUUUGACGAUGUGCGCUACGGCGGCGGGUUCGGAGAUUUCGGAGAUUUGCUCUCGAUUUCGUUUCGCGUCGCGUUUUGGCCGUCGCGUUUGAACGCGACCGGCGAGGACGCCCUCGGUGAGUGGUCGCGAUUGGAAUGGCCGGCGUUUUUCGCUCGGCGCGCGAGCUCCGGCGCCGCGCGCGGCGGGUCGACGGUUUCGCAAGCGUUACCGACGCCGACGCUGAAUCUCACCGUCGAGGUCGAUAAACAGCAUGAAUCAUCGACGAUCGUGGCGCCGGUUGUGGUCGUUGAUGGCGCCGCGCGCGUCGGGUCGACGACGCUCGUCGUCAUGCCCGUCGACCACGCGCGAUGCAGGCGAGACCCGUUCUACUCGCCCUGGUCCACCGCCGGCGUCAGCGUACGCUCGGCGUGUUUCGGCGCGACGACCGACGCGUUGUACUCGAUCUCUCGAGACUUCAUGCGCGUCGCGUCGCUUCGUCAAUUUCUCAUCGUCGUCAGAGGUCGCGACGUCGUCUCUCGCGGACGCGCCGCGUUCACCACCAUCGCUUUAUACGCGACGGGCGGGCCGAUAUCAUCCUUCGCGAGCGCGCGAGACGUCCGCGUUCUCGCCGCCGUCGACGACCGCGCCUUCAUCGUGGACGAGCGUUCAUCGCUCUUCGCCGUCGCCUUCGGCUCUUCGCUCGCCGCGUGCGCGCGCGUCGCCGUUCCCUGCGUCGUCGCCGCUUCGCCUCCCGCGCGUUCGACGUUAUUCGUCGUGUGUCGCGACUACUUGAAUCCUCGCACCGCCACCGCGCCGGCGAGCAGACCCGCGCUCGUCGUCGACGCCUUCGCGUUGUGA